AUGGCUACCCCUAGUGUCCUCUCUUUUGACGCAGAGGGUUGGGCCAUUGACUUUGACGUCUGGGUAGAUGACCUACAGCUUUUCUUACAGUGCGAUAGGGCGGACGGUCUCUCCCUCUUUGACCUCACUUCUGGUGCCUCUCCUCCCCCAGCAGCGGAUGCUAAAGCCACUAUUUGCUCACAGUGGGCCACACGCAAUGCUGCUGCACGUCUUGCUGUGCGUCGCCACCUGCCUACCUCUGAGCGUGCACACUUUAGCCUGUACAAGAGUGCUCAGACCUUGUACGACGCUGUAGUUGCACGCUACUCCUCCCCUGCCACUGCUGCACUGAGCCGCCUCAUACUACCGUACCUCUUCCCUGACCUUGCUGCCUUUCCCACAGUCACUGACCUCAUUACGCACCUCCGCAUUAGGGACCACUUCCUCUCAGUUUGCCCCACCACUCUCACCGUUGACCUCCUCAAGAAGGCCCUCCUAGCGGCAGAGAAGAGCAUUGUCGCUGUAGGAGCCUCUCGUGGUGACCCUCGCACCCCCGUCUUUGAGGGGUGUUCCCCCUCCCCCCUUUUGCCCUCUGUUGCCUCUGCUGCUGCGGCCGACCUCAUUGGUUUCAAGUCGAUCGGCGCUGCGUCUGCCCCGAGCGGGAGACGCCGCACCGGCAAGGGCAAAGAGGGCAAGGGCGCAGGAAGGGCUGGCAGGGGUGGCGGAGGUGGCGGUGGCGGAAGGGGAGGGGGUGGGGGUGGAGGUGGGAGUGGUGGCGGGGGUGGAGGUGCCGGUGGCGGCAGUGGAGGCGGAGGCUGA